AUUAUCCUCACUAUCAUUGUUUUUUUUGGUUGUUUCUUUUCCCAACAAUUAAGGGGUUCCAGAAUUUCAAUUUUUCAUUUUGGAUAAAGAUGAUGAUGAUGAUGAUGAUUUUAUCUAUUUAGAUUAUCCCACAACAAUUGUUGUUAUUGCCAUUAUCGUUUUUUUUGUUGUUAUUCUAGGUUGACGGUGUGGCCGGAAAAGGUGGAUAGCAAAAGAAGAUAUUGUUGGGGAUAAAAAAAAAAGAAAUUCUUGAGAAUCUUUAUCGACCAACGUAAAAACAACAACAACAUAAAUAGGCCACAAAAAUGAUGGCAUCACCACAAACAACACCAUUGGCAUUUAAUCCACAGCCAACAACAUCAAUUUGUGGUUCAUCAUCAUCAUCAUCAUCAUCAUUAUGUAAUGGUAACAAAAUAAAUGCCACAAUAUUAUCAACAGGCCAAUCACAACAAUUUUCAAAUAUUAAAAAAUGUACAAUUAAUGAUGAUAUUGUUGAUAUUAAUAGUAGUACAAAGAAUUGUCAAAGUCUUUCAUCACCGAUGACAAUAUCAUCAUCAUCAUCAUCUUCAUCAUCGUCUAUGAUUCAUCUAACUAAAUUUGAUAAUGAUCAUAAUAAUAUGAAUGAUGGAAUAAAAUUCACUACCUCUUCUUCAUCGCCAUCAUCAUUAUCAUCAUCAUCAUCAUCAUCAUUACCGAAAUCAACAUCAAUUUUAGUUGCUGUUACAAUUACAAAUAAUGAUAAUAAUAAUAAUAAUAAUAAGAAUCCAAUCAUAAUGAAUGGUAAUAAUGCUGUUAUUAUUUCGGAUUCAAAAUCGAUUCAAAUUAGCAAUGAAAAUAUUGUUAAAAAUGUCGAUAAACAAUCAUCAUCUAUUUCUCAUUCAUUACCAGCACAGCCACAGCCGCAAUCAAUUAUAACAAUUAUUGAUGAAAAUUCAAACAUUUCAAUCAAAUCAUCAUCGUCGUCAUCAUCAUCAUCGAUAGAAAAUAGUCCAAAACGUAAACGUCGUCGUGGUGAAGAACAACGUCUUAUGGAUGAUUUACAAAAAAUUGAUAGCUCUUUAGCAGCUAAAGUUACUCGUAUGAUUGAAUCCGAACAACAACAACAACAACAAAAUGGAUCGAUUGAAAAUUCUGAUAAGAUAAAAAAUGAAGAUGAUUCUCAAACAGCAAAGAAUUGUGAUCAACAACAAAAAUCAACAGCAAAUGAUGCCAAAUCAUCGUCAUCGGGUGAUUGUCCGGCAUUACAUUUACGUCCAAGACGUAAUAUACGGCCUAAUCCAUUUACAACAGCUGUUUAUCUAUCAUCAUCUGGCUCAUCAUCGCCAAUAUUUUUGAGUCCAAUAAAAUGUACGGCUAAUAAUAAUCAAAGUCCAUCAAAAAAUUAUCUAAAAACACAAAAUCUAUUAAUAGAUACAACAAAACAGUUGAAUAAAUUUUUGAAUAAUUCACCUAUAAAACAAGAAUUAUCAACAAAUGAUAGUGAUGAUAUAAAACUAUCAAAAAAUAUAUUGAUUGAUAAGGAAAAUGAUUCAAAUGUUGAUGGUAAAAAAUCAUCAAUUUCAAGGCGAAAGAAAAUUUUGUCGAUUGAUCGAUAUGUUCGCCGUGAUCUAGAUGUUUCCGUAUUUGCAACAUUAAUUACACCGGCACAAUUGAAAAUUUCACAAAAAUAUCCAUAUAAUUAUGUAUCAUUGAAAAUAUUGGAACAGAAAUCGAUACGUUUUGUUGAAUUAAUUGAUUCAAAAACCAAACGACAAUUUACAUGUCCAAUUCUUGAAUUGAUCACUAUCGAUAUUCCUGAUCGUUUUGAUAUCGAUUAUAUGAAUGGUGUUUUUGAUGAACCUGAAGUUAGUUCGGUAUCCAAUACUAAAUUAACAGUCUUUUUAGUUGGUUCAUAUGCAUUGAAAUCCAAAUCAUUAAUCAACAGUGACAGUAAUAAAUUAUCAUCUUCAUCAUCGACAAACAAUGGUUGUAAUGAUAAUAAUGAGAAUGAAAAAAUUAUAAACAUAUUAAGAUUUCGUACAAGUCGUGAAAAAUUACCAUCACCAAUUACUAGAAAUCUAAAAAAACGUAAAUUUAUUCAUGGAAAUCGAACACCUGAAUAUCCAUUUACAAUUAUUGUUGAUUCAUCCGAUGAUUUAAUGGAAAAUUUUAUAAUGAAAAAUGAACAAAUGAAAACUGAUAACAAUGAUGAUGAUGAUGAUGAUGAUGAAGUGAUUGCAUUGGAUGAUCCAUUUAUUGAUCUUUAUAAUAAUGAUCAUCAAUAUGAUGAUAAUAAUAAUAAUGAUGAUAAUGAUGAUUGGUUACCAAUGGUAUCAUAUUCUGAACGAUGGCAACCACCAAAAGAUCCACGUGAAUUGAAUCGUUCAUUAUAUAUAAUACAGCCAUGUAUACCAAAAUUUGAAUCAUCAUCACGAACGGUAAAAAUGUCAACAUCAUCAUCGGUAAAUGCAUCCACAAUAAUGGCUUAAUCCAUUUAUUUUUCUUAUAAUUCAAAAUUUCAUCUUUAAAAAAAAAUCUGCUUAGAAUAACACAACUUUUCUGUACAGAAAAAAAUUAGCAAAACUAAUCGGAAUUUUUUUUUUAACUG